ACCUGAAAUAGAGGACAAAAACACUGUCAUGCAAAUAUACUUCAGCAAACACGCGGGUAAUGAAAAAGGAGUUUAAGGUAAUAAAGGCAACUCAGGUUUUCCAUCUGUGGAAUUGUUGGCUCAAGCAGGGAAUAGUUCAAGCAAUGUAGGAAUAGCAGCUCCUUAACUACUGUUACAGUAAAGUAUGGAAACAUUCUUGUAAAAACAUUGAUCAUAUUUUUUUAGAUUUUGAGUUCAUAUUCAUGCAUUGUCAAUAUCGCCAAAAAUUAACCAUUAAUGUUAAGCCAUUAAAGUACUUAGUGGGUGGAGCAGGUUAGAAUUUGAGUUACAUUUUUGAAGCUGGGUGGUUGCAGUUUCAUUAACCCCCAAAACAUCUUAUAAUGAUACAUGUUCUUCUUGUUUAUCUUCCUUUCAGGUGAAUAGGCUGUGUAAGAUCAUGCAGAGGAGCACAGAACAGCCACAGCACAAAUUGUACCCUCUAUUCUCAUGAGAACCAGCAAACCUUUCAUACCUGUGUAAGUCCAUUUUUGGGCAUUCCUUAGUAAAUUCCCUCUGCUUUGACCAAUAAGGUUUUUUAAUAUCUAUUAGUGUAAUCUUCAUUUUCUCGCUUAUUCUGAAAGGCAAGAAGAACAGUGGCUGAAAACAGUCUUUGAAGCUGCACUGAAAGAGGUGACUUAGUGACUUCCUUUUUAGUGUUUCUCAGCCUUCCUCAGAGCCAUAGCACAGCGUGUGACUGUUCUGGAGGCAGGCAAAGCUGAGACAGCAUGCAAAUGAUUGUGGUGAAGCUGCUCUAUCCAUAGCUCCGGGGGACAGGCUCACGGAUGGCAGGGGAUGUCACCUAUGCGGCCGUGGCAAUGCUGCCGAGGGAAAGGCCACACACUCCUUCAGGAACAUCAAACCCAGGAAGCACGAUCACAUACGCUGAGCUGCACGUGAAGAGACCCCAUGGAAACAGCAGAGCAGAGACUUCCGCUCCUGACUGUCGGCACAGGUGCUCAGCCUGGUUCUACGUGGCGCUGGUUCUGGCAGUCCUCGUGCUCAUCCUACUGGGAGUCGUGGCCAUACAGGCCAAGCAAUUUUUGAAGGGCAGAGCGGGAAAAUCGGAAAGUUUGCCCCAGUAUGGUCUGAACAACAGCAGCAGUAACAUUUCAGAGAGGACUGACUCAGCAGCACUCCUGAAAUGGCUCAUGGCGGAGCUGUGUGAAAAUGGACAGGGGACAACAUGUGAGCUGUGUCCCGCCGGGUGGCAGCUGCACAGGAGCAGAUGUUACUUCUUCUCUGAGGAGGCCAGGAGCUGGGAGGACAGCCAGAAAAACUGCCUGGCCAGGAAAUCCCAGCUGCUUGUCAUUGAGGAUGAAAUUGAGAUGGAAUUUAUAGACAACAAAGACAAAGAUACCAAAUAUAUUUGGAUUGGCUUGGACACUGAAGACAUGGAGAAAACAUGGAGUUCAGUGGAAGAUCACACAGUAAAAAAACAGAGCAGGACAGCUCUAAGAAGCAUCAAGGCUGACAAGAACUGUGCCGUUUACAGAAGGAAAAAUGUGAUCCAGGCAGAUAACUGCCAGACAUUAAAGGAGUGGAUCUGUAAGAAGAACGCAACUUUGCUGGUGCUCUGAGCUGCAUUUCCAGACAACAGGCAGAGCUUCUUGUCAGAAGACCCAUUUUACAGACAAACCAACUUGUGGUGUAAAUAGUUUUGAUCAGACUUGCAGGGAAAUUUGCACUUUGCUGUGCUCUCUAAGAAGUCAGAAGACAGGCCCUUUAACAGGGCUGUAAGCUGGCACAUGAGGAUUUUGGGGUGCUGAGCCUUCACACAGACAGAUUUUGGCAGCAGCUGCCUCAGGAAAGGUCAGAGGAGAAGAGAUACUUGUGAGGAGGAGCCCUGUGCACAUGAACCGUGUGAUGUGUAGGAAUUACAGCCCCUGUGGGGGAUGAAGAGUGUGCUGGGCCCACUGCUGUCACCUCUGCCCGCAGACAGCUGCUGAGCUGAGGACUUCUUAGUUGGGUUUCAGGAUUUUAGUGUUUUCUGAAGCCUGUGGAUUUGUUUUCUUUUCCUUGGGGUCUAACUGUGACUCACAGAAGCCACUUGAGGGCUGGGGAAAAAAUGCAUUUAUUGGACAGUGUCUUAUUUAAAGCUGCUGCAGAGCUACUGGGUGUAGACAGCAGAUCAGGCAUGGAGUGAC